AUCAAAAAUUUUACGACCUUAGAGUGUAUAGUCUUGUAGAGUCUAUCUAGAUUUCUAUUUCUUUUAGCUUUGUUUUUAUUUUUUUAGUGAGAUGAAAUCAAAUCGAUGGUAAACACCCUCAUCCAUCAUCUACUCAAAAGGAUAAUAAUUUAUAAUACAGUUGUAGUUCAAAUCAAUGGUUUUUACAACAAUGGACAGUAUGAUGGACGAUAUAGCAGAACUAAAACAUGACAUCGAUAGAAAGUUGGAAAAAGAAGAGAACAAUUUAGCAUUGUUGCGUCAGUGUUUAACAAGAUAUGACACAAAUACUACCAGUAUGAUUGGCAUUUUGAAUAGCUUUGAAGAACGUCUAGAAAAUUUGGAAAAAACUAUCAUACCGGUGUACAAUGAAACAGAAAAUCUGCGAAGACGGCAAGAAAACAUUGAGAAAACCAUGCAUACUUUAGAUACUGUCCUGAGCUAUUAUCAUACUGCCAAAGAUGUGGAGCAGACUAUCAAGGAAGGCCCUGCAGCUAGUGAUUUAGAAACAUACAUGUCUUACUUGGAAAAAGUCCUGAAGGCUAAAAAAUAUUUUGAGCUGUACAGUCCCAAAAGUAAAGAGAUCAAAGACAUUGAGAGAAUAUAUGAUGAUGGCAAAGAUGCUCUACAACUUGAAUUUAGGUCACUACUACAUCGCCAUGGUCGACCUGUUCCACCUGUAGUCAUCCUGGAUCUUCUUAAUUCUGAUGAAGAUUUGCCUCCCAUCGGUACAGACACAGACUUGGCAUUAGAGCAGUUGUCAGAGAAGGUAGUAGAAGACUUGAGAGUUAUCUCAAAAUGGUUAACAGAAAAUGGACGAAUAGAUUUUAUGAAAGCCUAUACUCAGGCCAGGUCUACUAUGUUGAGUCGCUCCCUGGCAGGAUUAAAGGAACAUUUAAAGUCUUCUAGUGGCACUUUAAAUACCAGUCAACUUUCUUUUGGAAAUCAAAAUUCACCAGCAGGGGGCGGUAAGUUCAGACCCCAAAAAGAUGUGCCUACUAGAAAGAGCAUGAACAAAAUAGCAAAAAUGACAAAGAAAGUGCUACAGUUGGAACAAGGUCAUCGCCGACAAGGCUCCUUUCCUGACCCUGUCAAAGAAGAUUCAAGUGACCUUGAAACUGACCUCUACAUCAGUGAAAUGAGUGCACUGUUGAGGCUAAUGCAGAGUGAAGCACACCUUAUGAAAGGGAUUAUUCCAGAGAAGCAUCAAAGAACAGUGUUUGAUAAUAUCAUUCAGGCUUCCUUAGAAACUUUAGUUACUGAGGGUGAGCUUCUAGCCACUGCUGCUAGAAAAAAUGUGUCCAGGCAUGAUUUUGGUGCUGUGUUAUCCAUCUUUCCAAUUGUUCAACAUUUAAGACUAGUUAAACCAGAAUUCGACCUUCUUUUGGAAGGUUGCCAAGCACCAACCAGAGCCAAACUAACAUCCUUGUUAUCAACAUUGGAUAGCACAGGAGCCAAAGCUUUAGAAGAGUUUACAGAAAGUACUAGAGAUGACAAAUCUUUGAAUAUGCCAAAAGAUGGAAUAGUUCAUCAACUGGCCAAUCAGACUAUGAUGUUUUUGGAGCAGCUUCAGGGAUAUUGUGAGACAGCUGGAGCAAUGCUUCUAAUGCAUGGAGAGAAAACAGCCCCAUCUUCAACAAUAACUCCAGACACAUGUCGACUUAAAGCAGCAGACUACAUGACUCGUGUUUUGUCUGCCUUAGGCUUAAAUCUCAGCAAUAAAGCACAGACCUAUAAUGACUUGGCUCUGAGACCCAUAUUUAUGUUGAAUAAUUUGAACUAUAUUCUCAAAUCAAUGAAGAGGUCAGGACUUUUAGACCUAUUGUCGUCAUGGAAUAAAGAAAUAGAAUUCUUUUAUAAUAACCAGAUCUUGGAACAAAAAAGCGACUACUCUGAGAGCUGGAGCAAGGUUCUUCAUUACAUUCUGGAAAUGGACAAACCAAUGUCACAACACAGAACUCAAGAUCAGGUGAAAGUGCCUCUGUUACACAAGCUCAAAGAUAAAGAAAGACAAAACAUCAAAGACAAAUUCACGGGAUUCAACAAAGAGCUGGAGGAAAUUUACAGAGUACAAAAAACGUAUGCUAUGCCAGAUAGUGAAUUGAAAUCAGCUUUAAUUGCUGAAAACAAGGACUACAUGAUUCCCAGAUACACUAUGUUCUACAAUAAAUAUAGUCACUUAAAUUUUACCAAGAACAGAAAUAAAUAUAUCAAGUACCAGCCCUCUGAUGUUGCAGCGUUACUAGACAAGUUCUUUAGCUCUUCAGAAUAAGGGGGAAAUAGUAACACACAUUUACUUUGUGUUCAAACGAUAGAGAAAGUUUGUUAAGAAUAUCUGGAUGAUGCAUUCUUCUUAGUUAUUUGUAUUGCUCAUUACAGGUGUCUUACUAUCUUGUUACUAAUGUUGACUUUUUUCCCCAUUCAUUAUAGCUGUAAAACUUUUUCAUUUCUUUGUACUCAUAUUAUUUGUUAAUUGUCCAGUACAGUUGUCAGUGAUGCAUGGAACUGAAAAUAUUGAAUUUCUUAAUUUGUAUUUUGUUGUAUAUUAUUCAGUUAAUUAACAGUCAUUGUAAUAUUUAUAGAAUAGUUGAAUUAUUAUUUCUAAUAAUAGCUUCAGUGAACUUCUAGUCCAGUAUAUGGCUUUAAAAUAAAAAAUGUAGCUUAUAACUAGCUAUAUAAAAUUUCUGUUUUCAAAAACAAAUUUUUAUAAACUUGAGUUCAAAUUGUAGAUAUCCAAAUAAUGUUUGAAAACAAGUUUUAAUCUACAUUUUUCAUUUUAAAGCAAUAUUUUUUUUUUUUUUUAUUAUUUCAAAAAUUACUUUAAAUAAAAUACCUUUUUGAUUCUGUUAAUAAGAAUGACUUCAAUAUUUUGAAUUGUGAUAGUUUUUCAUUCCAUUAUUAUAUUAAAGCAAAUAAUCAAAAGUA